CCCACUGGCCAUUUUCCCACUGGCCAUUUUCCCACUGGCCAUUUUCCCACUGGCCAUUUUCCCACUGGCCAUUUUCCCACUGGCCAUUUUCCCACUGGCCAUUUUCCCACUGGCCAUUUUCCCACUGGCCUUUUUCCCACUGGCCAGUGGAAAUUGGGGAAGUGGCUGUGA